AUGCUCCAGCAAGCAGCCGGAGACCAUCAACUGUACAUGCAACAAAGUCAACUAUCUGAGGACGCAGAGACCAACGCCCUAACUCGGGCUCUCGAAGCCAGUAAUAAAUCCGACAUGAUUGAAAGCCAAACUAUUUUACAAAGUGGAAACAGUCAAAACUUUAAGGGGGUUUGGCGUUGUCGGCCGCCAAGGGACCCGCAGAUUGCUUUCUUUCCCAGCCGGCUCAUCGGGGGAAUCCUCUCCCGAUGCGCGGGAAAUUUUCCCCGUCCCUCGUCUUCGUCAACCACUUCGGAACCACGAGAGAAGAAAAUGGAGCUCCGCCUUUACAAGUCCAGCCACUUUUUAUCACGCCCUCCAUCAACGCUCCCAACCCACCCACGUCACAUUCCCCAUCAAUACCUCACUUUGUCAUCUACCAAUCCUCCAUCAACGCCCCCAGCCUUCAUCAACGCCCCAGCCUCCAUCAACGCCCCAGCCUUCAUCAACGCCCCCAGCCUCCAUCAACGCCCCAGCCUCCAUCAACGCCCCAGCCUCCAUCAACGCCCCAGCCUCCAUCAACGCCCCAGCCUCCAUCAACGCCCCAGCCUCCAUCAACGCCCCAGCCUCCAUCAACGCCCCAGCCUUCAUCAACGCCCCCAGCCUCCAUCAACGCCCCAGCCUCCAUCAACGCCCCAGCCUUCAUCAACGCCCCAGCCUCCAUCAACGCCCCAGCCUCCAUCAGCGCCACCAGCCUCCAUCAACGCCCCAGCCUCCAUCAACGCCCCAGCCUUCAUCAACGCCCCCAGCCUCCAUCAACGCCCCAGCCUCCAUCAGCGCCCCCAGCCUCCAUCAACGCCCCAGCCUCCAUCAACGCCCCAGCCUUCAUCAACGCCCCCAGCCUCCAUCAACGCCCCAGCCUCCAUCAACGCCCCAGCCUCCAUCAGCGCCCCCAGCCUCCAUCAACGCCCCAGCCUCCAUCAGCGCCCCCAGCCUCCAUCAACGCCCCAGCCUCCAUCAACGCCCCAGCCUUCAUCAACGCCCCCAGCCUCCAUCAGCGCCCCAGCCUCCAUCAACGCCCCAGCCUCCAUCAACGCCCCAGCCUUCAUCAACGCCCCCAGCCUCCAUCAACGCCCCAGCCUCCAUCAACGCCCCAGCCUUCAUCAACGCCCCAGCCUCCAUCAACGCCCCCAGCCUUCAUCAACGCCCCAGCCUCCAUCAACGCCCCAGCCUUCAUCAACGCCCCAGCCUCCAUCAACGCCCCAGCCUCCAUCAACGCCCCAGCCUUCAUCAACGCCCCCAGCCUCCAUCAACGCCCCAGCCUCCAUCAGCGCCCCAGCCUCCAGCAACGCCCCAGCCUUCAUCAACGCCCCAGCCUCCAUCAGCGCCCCAGCCUCCAUCAACGCCCCAGCCUCCAUCAACGCCCCAGCCUUCAUCAACGCCCCCAGCCUCCAUCAACGCCCCAGCCUCCAUCAACGCCCCAGCCUCCAUCAGCGCCCCCAGCCUCCAUCAACGCCCCAGCCUCCAUCAGCGCCCCCAGCCUCCAUCAACGCCCCAGCCUCCAUCAACGCCCCAGCCUCCAUCAACGCCCCAGCCUCCAUCAACGCCCCAGCCUCCAUCAGCGCCCCAGCCUCCAUCAGCGCCCCAGCCUCCAUCAGCGCCCCAGCCUCCAUCAGCGCCCCAGCCUCCAUCAGCGCCCCAGCCUCCAUCAGCACCCCAGCCUCCAUCAGCCCGUACCGUGACCUAUAUUCGUCCCUCACCCGUAGACCAUUUCGACUAGCAUGGCAUCGUGAGGUAAGACCAGCAAAGAAGGAAGAUGCUGUAAGCGUUUUCUCUUCCUCUCCGGACACGUGA